ACAAGAGGCGUACCUCGAGGCAUCGAUGGUACGUAGCUGUAUAAGGUUUCAUGCCACGCGAUAAAAAUCCUGAAAAGGAUGCGUCGCCUCGUGCAUAUUUUGGCUUCUGUCAGUGUCUCGACUUGACAUCUAAGCAACACCCAGUCUAAGAUAGGAUACCGAGCCAAGUCGGCACAGUAAGAUGCUGUUAGAUGACGACAGGUUUGUCGAACGCCACAUGAGAGGCAUAUGUACGAGGCGCCACAAACACAAUCUUCUACGGGUGCGAGCGGCUAGAUUGGCAUUUCGCAGUGCAGCUAAUGAAAGAUUGUUGAGCUUCCGCCUGGUCGGAUGCGAGGGUAAUGAAGUCCAUAUCAGAGCUCGCAGCCGUUCAUGAAUGGGUCUUUCCCCGAAGUCCGCGUUGUCUCUGUUGUCUCUGUUAAUAGUCGGCUGUAUGGCAGUGAAGCAGGUCGGAUCGGACCAGAGCAGCACAAACAAAAUCGACCAUCACAAAUCUCAGUUCUCACAUAUGUGUCGCGCUUCAUGUCGGCCCACUGUUGUUCCUGCCACUUCCCGGAUACCCGCUGAUGGCUUCUCCCAGUCCGAGAACAAGUGGACCGCUCGAGGUGUGCAAGCGCCAGCGAUGUUUCGUCCUGAAUGUUCAAGCGUCUCGACCCUGGCGUAGAUUCUAAGUGGAGAUAGGCUUCCCUGCGAUGGAUGGACAUGGAGACGAUCUGCACAGUCGCGUUUGGUGAGCAUCGUGCUUUGAUAUCCGCGGUAAAGGGGGCGUCCAAGUGCGGGGGCACCGGUCGAAGUAACAGCGGUGAUUUUGCUACGGCCUGCGUAUCUGGAGCGGGUUCAUGAGAAGCGUGUUUUCAUGCUCGGUGGGAGCGUAACGGCGUCAGUAAGAGCUAAGACGCUUUCGGAAAACUUCGCCAAACCUGUCAUUAGCAACGACCAGAACGUUCUGUUCGCUCCGGGAGAAAUCAUCGUCUAGACAGUGUCAACAAAUCGCACCAUGAAGACGUGCAACGUCUAGAGAAGCCCGAAGACUUAUUUCGCCUUCGAUUGGUAGCUUCGCGCGAGAUCAGCAGUGACUUAAUCCGUCGUCAUUGUGCGUUAUUCCGCGGCGAAGGAGCCUUUAGAGCUUA